AUGAUAGUACCUGUUGCUGAUGGACAAGAAUCGGUAUCCAGAGUGUCUUAUAACUCCAAAGUUGAGCUGCAGCGAGCAGAAUCUUGGAUAUUAAAAAGGGUGCAAUGCGAAGCCUUUCCUGAGGAAGUACGAGCUUUAAGAGAAAACAAGGAACUGCUCACUCGCAGUAAACUAAAAUGUUUGAAUCCGUACAUGAAGGACGGAUUAAUCUUAGUCGGUGGAAGGUUGAACAACUCUGAUUGUUUAGAAACUCGCAAACAUCCUAUAGUUCUCCCAGCUAACCACAAGGUCACUCAACUUAUUUUCAAGCAGACACUUAUCGAACAACUACAUUGUGGGCCUCAAGCGCUCUUAGCAGAGCCAUGUUUUUCCGAGCCGAUCAUUGCGGCGUUACCGAGACAAAAAGUUCAAUGCACGCGGCCGUUUUCUGUAACUGGAGUGGACUUUGCUGGCCCGUUGAUGAUCCGCAGUGAUAUACGACGAGUAGUGAGCAUCAAGACGUGGAUAGCUGUAUUUAUGUGUUUUGUGACUCGGGCAAUACAUUUAGAAGUGGUAGAGGAUUUGACUAGCAAGGCGUUUAUAGCGGCUCUACGUCGGUUUAUGUCAAGGCGAGGAUGUUGUAAUACGAUUUAUAGCGAUAAUGGCACGAACUUUGUUGGCGCACAAAGAGAGUUGAAGGUGUAUAUAACUAACGCAGGUCUUGAAAUGGCACAAGAAGGAAUAGAAUGGCGCUUCAAUCCUCCAGCAGCGCCGCAUUUCGGCGGCUUAUGGGAAAGCGCCGUGAAAAGUGCUAAACACCAUUUGACCCGAAUGAUAGGAGAGGCCAAAUUAACGCUAAGUGAAUUGAAUACGCUGCUCUAUCAGAUCGAAGCCUGCCUUAACUCUCGACCAAUAACUCCGAUGAGUAGUGAUCCGUCCGACGCGGAAGCACUCAGACCGGCUCACUUUCUUAUUGGAGGAGCGAUGACUCUUCCACCUGAACCGGACUUGUCAAAUGAGGAUCUUGGUAAUCUACGAAGGUGGAAAUAUACGCAACAAUACCACAAUUUCAAAACUGAAGAUAUGAAUCAAUCUGAUUUGCUCCGAAAACAGUUGAUGCCAAAUGAAAAUAUUCGAAUACGUUUAAAUGUUGAUGCUGUUCCUACUGUACGUUUUGACGACGAGAAAAUUACGCCGAAAACUGUAAGAAGACAAUUACCCAGAACCAAACAAAAUAGUGAAGAGCAUCUGAUUAAUUCAAAUGUCGAAAAUAAGAACGAUAAAGGUAUACAGUGUGUUAUGGAUAAUGAAACAAAUACUGAUGCUACCGACAAAUGUGUAAGCCCCUAA